UUACUGGGGGAGCGGAUGAGGUAGACGUGCCUUGUGUGCUGCAGGAGGGAGAUAUUCUGCAGGCGUGCGGCGGGAGUGCAGCGCUGAGAUUGAUCGGGGCAGUUCCGAGGCGAGCCGGGACGGGAUACUGUCAGCACCAAGCCGUACGGCGAUUGCAAAAUCAUCUGCUGUUUUUACGCAGGCGGGGGACUUAAGUUCGUGGGACUUUUAACCAGCACUUUCGUCGACUUCUUUGCUCCGUCCGAAGACUCUCGUUCGUUUUUAAUGCCAUUGCGUGUGCAGCUCGUCGGCAGCCCGGAGCAAAGGAGAGCAGAGGCCCGAUUUUCCGGCAUUGCCGCAAGUCCACCUCUGCUUCUCCCGUGGAGUAUUUGACCCCCUAACUCCCGCGACCUGGAUGGAUGGGUAUGGGGGAAGCAGGAUUUUACUACCCCGGGGCUGAUCGCCUCAUUUACCAGCAUCCACUUCUGUCUCUCCUGUUGCUAAUUACUUUUUCGUCGAGGCUCCAUUUAGGAGAGAGCCAGGUCCACACCCUUCAGUGCCGCAUCCAGAAGUGCACCACUGACUUUGUGUCCCUCACCUCGCACUUAAACCCAUACCUGGAUGGCUUCGACACAGAGUUCUGCAAGGCGCUGCGGGCGUAUUCAGCCUGCACCCAGCGCACCUCCAAGAGCUGCCGCGGCAACCUGGUCUUCCACUCGGCCAUGCUGGGCAUCAGCGACCUCAUGAGCCAACGCAACUGCUCGCGGGACGGGCCCACCUCCUCCACUCACCCCGAGGCCCCUGUGGAGCCCUGCAACUACCGCAGCCGCCACCAUGGGCAGCAGGCGGGCAAUCACUCCCAGCCCACCUACCUCUUCUGCGGCCUGUUCGGAGACCCCCACCUGAGGACGUUCAAGGACCACUUUCAGACCUGCAAGGUCGAGGGUGCUUGGCCGCUUAUUGACAACAACUACUUAUCCGUGCAAGUCACCAAUGUUCCCGUAGUCCCCGGAUCGAGUGCGACAGCUACCAACAAGAUCACGAUCAUCUUCAAGCCGUACCAGGACUGCACCGAGCAGAAGGUGUACCAGGCUGUCACCGACGACCUGCCUGCGGCCUUCAUGGACGGCACGGUGAGCGGCGGUGACGGAGAAACCCGCAGCCUGUGGAUUGUGGAGAAGGUGCCGGGGCGGCAUGUGGAGAUCCACGCCGGCUACACCGGCGUCACGGUGGUCGUGCGUCAGCUGGGCCGUUACCUAACAAUGGCAACGCGUAUCCCCGAGGAGCUGGCGAUGGCCUACGACGAGUCGCAGGACCUGCAGCUCUGCGUCAACGGCUGCCCCACCGCAGAGCGCAUCGACCGCGACGGCCACCUACCGCUGCCCAUGCUAGGCCUGCAGCAGCCGCCUCGGGCCGGCGCCAGCCCUGGCUUCACCCUGGAGACCGCCACGGCCAAGUGCCGCGAGGGGCUGGAAGUCUGCGACAUUUACUUUAACUCCUGUGUGUUUGACCUCCUCACCACCGGGGACGCCAACUUCACCUCGGCCGCCUACAAUGCGCUGAAGGACGUGGAGACCCUGCACCCCAAAGGAGAGCGAUGCUACAUAUUCCCCAGGGGAAACGCAGCCUGUUCCCACCUCCUCUCCGCUCCCUUCCCUCUAAUCCUCGGCUUUCUCAUCACCAUGCUUUUCUAAGACGUUUCCGUAUGAACUUUGAGAAGAGUUAAUGUGUGUGUAUAUAUAUAUUGUAAUAAUAUAUUGAAGAAACGACAAAAAAAACACUAACGAGGUAUAUAUGUAUAUACUGUGUAUAUGAAGAGAAACAAUCUGGGAAACCGAAACACUCCUGAUUGUAAAUAUUCUUGUACAUUUUAUUUGCAGGAAUGCUGGCUGUAGGGUUUUUUUGUGUGAUUAUUUUUUUUCCCUGUAAUACCUCAAGAACGAGGAAAUUGUUUUAACAGAAGCACUUUAUUUUUUUAUUUUUGUGAAUAAUGAAUCAGUAUUCCUUGGAUCAGAGCUGAGCCCUCCUCCAGGGGCUCCUCUGAAGUGUCGUUCCUCAUUUUCAGCAUCCGAACGGGCCUUUAUCUAGAUGCCGGCUUUGGCAGAACUGGUUGUGACCCGGCGUUUUGGUGGAUGUACUUCUGGGGCAGGGUUACGAUAUGGACAGGACUGUUUUUUUCUUUCCCCCCAAAUUCCUGCAUUUAGCUUCCCGAUGUUCUGCGUCUUUCCUCACGCAUCCUUGUGUUAUUGCAGUCAGAUGGGUCUUUCCAGGUUACGGCACCCAUAUGCAUCUUAACUUCUUUUGAUGUAUCCCCUAAAUGUUAAAGGAGCUAUAAUUAUACUGUACAUAUAAGGAAUUUUGUAGGCGAGUUUGAACCUUAACGAGCAAGCACGGUUGCGGACGCAAGCAGGACGUCACUAAAUCCCUAAAAAAAAAGAAAAAAAAUCGACAAAAAAACUACCCGUACGGUCAUAAUGGCUGCACCAAAAUUUUUCAAACAAGUCCUUUUCUUAUUAGAAUGUGUGUUGCACUGCAGUCCAGUGUGGCCAGUAAAUGCUGAAGGGUCUGAUGACAGCCGCUUUUUGGUUGGUCUUCAUUCCUCGGGGCUUCAAAACAUUUCAUGUCCCUUAACAGUUGCAAAGAGCAGUAAGACUCCAUGGUAUAUAGCCUCUGUAUAUUUGUGUGGACUGACAUGUCAGUUCUGCAUCAGCCUUUAAAAUUUUUGGGUAUUUUUCCUUUUCUUUCCCCUCAGAAGUUCAGCAUGUUUUACUUAAGGGAACAAAACAAGUAAUGGUUUGGGAUCAAAUAGCCAUCGAAGCUGCUGUACUCGUGUGGUGUUCCUUUUCCAUUUCGUUCUCUUAUUGGGCUCUGCUGGUCUUGUGAGGUGCUGAAUAAUUCAACUGAAAGGCUUCCUCUCAGAUGCCCCCUGCUCAGUCUGUUUGGACGCUCCGCUUUUCCAGUUCAAAAACCAUGUUCUCGUUGCUCUUCGGACCGUUUCCUUUCGGUGUUGGUCACACCACAGACUCCUCAUGGACCCCUUGAGGGAUGUUCAUGCACAAAUGCGAGUGGAUAUGGAUGGUGCUGCUGCUCCUGCUCCCCCCCCCCCCCCCAGGCUCGUCUGAAGCGGUGUCAUGAUUUUGAUGGUCUUCUACUGAACUGUCACACCUUCCAUGCAGGUGAAUAUUGCUAUUUUACAUAAAAGGAUCACAAAAUUGCCAUUUUGUGUUUUAUUUUAUAUCCUAAGAUAUUUUCAGAUGGCUUGGUGGAUCCUGAGUGCUGGACACUAAUCCAGUAUAGCGCUCUCUCUCUCUGCUGAGCAUACCGCACGCCGUGGGAGGCACAGACAAUUUGUGCGGAGCGCACGUUAUUUUUGACAAAGCCCUGAUGACCUUCUCCCAGACAUUUUCUCCUAGGCUAAUUCGGGUGGAGUGACAGGCCCAUCUCGCCGCUCUACCCUGGUGCUCGCGUCAUUUGGCACACUCCUGAUGUUAAAUCUGUUUGAAGGAAGGUGACCCACGGAACAACAGCAGCCUGGUGAAAUUGACUUGUGCCCAGGAAGGGGGGUGGGUCACGUCAGGUGCACUUUGUUGUUCCGCCCCGGCUGGCGUAUAUCCCAUGGAAAUUUAAUUUAAUUUCAGUUUUAUGCUGGCAUUGACAGCCAUAUUGCCUUGGGUAGGUAGAAGGUGGAAUUCUAUGAAAUUGCAUUAUGGCGAUUUUAUCCAUCAGUGCAGUCCUUACAUGAAAGCGCAAAAAGCACCUCUGUUUGUGAGGCUGUUCCGAGCGGCGUGUCAGGUGCCCCAGUCUUAGAAAACAGCAGCACACUCCUCUUCGCCUCCUCUUAUCCAUGCUCAUUUCUCUUCAACUCCUGAAACUUGCUACUGUAGAUUUUGAUUCCAGUUUCUUGUAACUACUGCCAUUGCUGAAGUGCUGCUUCCAUACUGUGAUGUUUUAUAGAUUAUAGAUGGAACACUGGGAGUUCAUCACAUGCAAUGGUUAGCAGAACCAUAGAUAUCCUAGGAUGCAGCAAUAUCUAUGGUCAGAAUAAGGCCUCUGAGUGCAAUUAUCUGCAAAAGUAAGCCUUCAUCCUGUGUUUCUUUUGUCCAGCAUUUUACUUAGUGAUUUUUUUAACGUGUAUAAAUAUACGUUACCUGUUUUGUGAAGAAUGACUGCUCAAUGUUUAAAUACUUAAAUUAUUUAUAAAUGUAGUGUCCUGUUAGAGGAAAUUAAGCUCCAUAUUCUUGCUGUUGGAAAACAAAUGUUCAGAUGUGAUUGUACUGCCACCUAGUGGACCAGAAUUGUUACGUCAGUGUUUUGCUCUUUACUGGCUGCGGUGAAAAAUGUGUGCAAGUGUUUUAUUUAAAAACAAAAUAAAUGAUAAAAGGUU